AAUUUUUUUUUUAGAUAAACAAAAACAUUUUAGAAUCAAGGGGAAGAAACCAAUUGGAAUAUGGAAAUCAAUACUUCAUAAAAAAAAGUUGGGCUUUUAAAUCUUUGGGCUGAUCCGGGUCUAAAGAGAAAUAGCUCAAUUUAAAUAAAUCCUUGUGUUUGGCAACAGUUAGGGUUGCCUUAUAAGCUCGCCAUAGCCUCAUUUGUUACCCUGACUUUGGUAGACGAAAGAAGCAGAGCUACAGUGUUAAGAGACACGGCGCCAACGCCCAACAACCAUGGUUCACGUCUCCUUUUACCACAACUAUGGGAAGACAUUUAAGAAGCCUCGUCGUCCUUAUGAAAAGGAGCGAUUGGAUGCUGAGCUGAAGCUGGUGGGAGAGUACGGGCUGCGAUGCAAGAGGGAGCUCUGGAGAGUUCAGUAUGCUCUGAGCCGCAUCAGAAAUGCUGCUAGGGAUCUACUGACCCUUGAUGAGAAGAACCCACGUCGAAUCUUUGAGGGUGAGGCUCUUCUUCGCAGGAUGAAUCGAUAUGGGCUUUUGGAUGAGAGCCAGAACAAGCUUGAUUAUGUCUUGGCCUUGACGGUGGAGAACUUCCUUGAGCGUCGCCUUCAGACUCUUGUAUUCAAGGCUGGUAUGGCUAAAUCUAUUCACCAUGCUCGAGUGCUUAUCAGGCAGAGACAUAUCAGGGUUGGAAGGCAGGUGGUCAACAUUCCUUCUUUCAUGGUGAGGGUUGAUUCCCAAAAGCACAUUGAUUUCUCUCUCACUAGUCCGUUUGGUGGCGGACGUCCUGGAAGAGUAAAGAGAAAAAAUCAGAGGGCAGCUGCCAAAAAGGCUGCUGGUGGAGAUGGAGAUGAAGAGGAUGAAGAAUGAGUAAUGGGUCUUUGAUCUUUUGCAGAUAUUUACAGUAGGACUAUGUUAUCUAAGCUAGUUUUGCAUGACCAAAAAUGUUAUGUCUUGGUGUUUAUUUGGACAUUGUAUUUUACUGAAUUUUGUUAGCUUCCAAGAGAAUGUGGUUUGUGGUUUUCUUUUUUCUUAUUUCCAUAUAGCUUAUACUUUCCUAGCUUGAAGAAUAUGUUAAUAAAUUUGUAUUUUCUCUGCAAA